AGUUAAGUUGGAAACAAUGGAUCGCGAUAAAGAGGAUCCAUAUGUAAGGUGUCGUUUUUCUGAGAUUGUCCGUUUCGUAUUCUACGUGGCAGUAGUGAUUUUUCUCUUGUCGAGUGUAGUUUUAGUAGCUGUAGAUUACGUUCAAAUAAAACAGAGAUUGGCUGCAAUUGAGGAGAAGAUAAACGCGGACGAGUUGUUGCGGAAAGUUUGUGUAACAGAUCGAAAACAGACAGAAAUCGAUGGAAGGGCUGAAGUUCAAGCUUCGCUUUCAAGAAGAAGGAGAGCGUUAACCCUGAGUCUUGCAGGUCUUGAGAAACGAGUGAAAGUUCUGGAAUACAGGGCAAUUAGAAAUAACCAGUCCUCUUCUAUCGAAAAUAAUAGGUUAAUUGUAAUUUUACUUUGCAUAGGACGAGAUGGACGGGAUGGUAGGGAUGGACCCGCGGGACCUCCCGGAUCACCAGGUACACCAGGACAACCAGGGACACCAGGGCAUGAUGGGCGAAAAGGUGAUUUUGGAGCACAGGGACCUCCUGGUCUGAAAGGGGAGGCUGGUUCAGGCGGAAACGUCGGCAAACAAGGAUAUCCGGGACCUAAAGGACAAAAGGGACAAGAGGGGCAGGGGCUGUCUGGAGUCAGUUACGUGCGCUGGGGCCGGACAAGGUGUGAGGGAGAUGGUCAAAUUGUGUACACAGGGAUCAUUGGAAGCGGUGCUUAUCAUCACCGGGGAGGCGGUGGAAAUUACUUGUGCCUUCCUAAUGACCCAAAGUACGACAAAUAUACCAACAGCUGGGAGACAGCGGGCGCCAUCUAUGGAACUGAGUAUGAAGUGAGUUCCUUUAAUCCGUUUACAAAUAACCUGCAUAACCACGACGCACCGUGUGCCGUGUGCUUCGUCAGAUCACGUGGUUCGCAAUUGAUGAUGCCCGCAAGGAAUGACUGUCCAUCCGGUUGGGCUAAAGAGUAUCAUGGGUAUUUGAUGACAGCUCAUUACGGCCACCAGAGCACGCGAGACUUUAUCUGCGUUGAUUGGGAGGCUGAGUAUGUCCCAGGCUCCCAAUCUGAUAAAGAUGGUGCACUGCUGUAUCUUGUUCAAGGAGGUUGUGGCUCGUUACCAUGCCUUCCAUACGUCUCUGGAAGAGAGCUGACAUGCGCUGUGUGUACGAAGUGAGCACUGGCAAAGAAUUCUGGUUCUCUUAGUAUGAUUAGCGAUUAGCUUAUUACUCAAGUUGUUUACCGUUCAGGAAGUAGGAAUUGAAGGCCUCAGGAAAGUGUCAAUCCUUAAUGCAUAUAUGACAGUAGAAUACACGAAAGUAGGAAGUUUAGUGCAAGAUUCAGAACUAACCGUCUGAACUCGCCCCAUAAUUUUGUAGUACCUAGAACUUCAAAGGUAUUCAUUUUUUAUCUGAAGAAUAUC